AUGCAGAUUGAAUUAACUGAAGAAGAUAUAUGUGGAUACGACGAUGGUGGUGAGGUCGAAGGUGGUGAUAUUAUUGUUUAUGAAAGUAAAAAUGGGGUAUCUAAUAAAAUUAAAGAGAUGAGAUGUUUGAAAAAUAAAGAAAAAAAUAUUAACCCUUCUAAUGAUAUAAAAUUUAAAUUAGAUAGUAUAGAGAGGGAAUUAUUAUCUUUGGAUCUAGGAGAUAAAUCAGAAUCUUCUUUAAGAAGAUAUAAUCAAAUAGUAACAUUAUAUAAAAAGAUCCACGAUGUAUAUCAUAAUGUUAAAAAUGAUCAUGAUAAUAGUCCGGAGAUUGAUAAUAUGAAUGAUUAUAUAGAUACAACAACAGAAAUUAGGGAAAACAGUGAUUUAUUCGAUUAUGUCACUAUGCAAAGAUUGACAAAGCUAGAACAAAGAUUAUCGGUUUUAGAGGAGUCCAUUGGAUUUGACAAUGAUCCAGACACCGAUUUGAAUAAUGACCCAACUUUAAACAUUAUAUCGAGGAUAAACAAAUUAUAUGCUCACUUAAAAUUCAUUAAAAAUCAAUUGAAUAAAGAAGAAGGGGGUAAUAAAAACAUAAACAUAAAUAUUCGAGAUAAUAGAGACAAAGAUGAUAUAAAUAUAGUUGAAUCAUUUGAAAAAAUCAAUAAAUAUUCUCCAUAUAUGGAUCAUAUAAUAACAAGAUUAGAAAGUUAUAGUUCCAUCUACGAUGAUAUGAUUGAAAACAAUCUAAGGUUGCAAAAGUGGGACAAUAAGAUUGAAAUUUUAAUAGCACAACAAAAUAAAUGGAUUGAAUUAUUGGAUAAAAUUGAUAAGAAACUUGGAUCUAACGACUAG